AUGUUUACCUGGCGGUGCCUCAUCCUUUGGGCUGUGCUGGUCGCAGCCGCGCUCUCCGCUGCCCGGCCGGCCCCCACCCUGCCCGACCAAGCUCUGCCCAAAGCAAAAAUCGAAGUGGAGUCCUACUCAGCCCACCCUGGUGAGCUCCUCCAGCUGCGCUGCCGGCUGCGGGACGACGUCCAGAGCAUCAACUGGGUGCGUGAUGGCAUCCAGCUGGCUGAGAACAACCGGACACGCAUCACUGGGGAGGAGGUAGAGCUCAGGGACGUGGUGCCCGAGGACUCGGGGCUCUACGCCUGCAUGACCAACAGCCCCUCGGGCAGCGAGACCACCUACUUCUCCGUGAACAUCUCAGAUGCUCUCCCCUCUGCAGAGGAUGAUGAUGAUGAAGAUGAUUCCUCGUCGGAGGAGAAGGAGGCAGAUAACACCAAGCCAAACCAGGCCAUUGCUCCAUACUGGACCUAUCCUGAGAAGAUGGAGAAGAAGCUCCAUGCUGUCCCCGCUGCCAAAACAGUGAAAUUCAAGUGUCCAUCGAGUGGAACACCCAACCCCACGCUGCGCUGGCUGAAGAACGGCAAAGAGUUCAAACCUGACCACCGCAUCGGGGGGUACAAGGUCCGCCAGGCAACCUGGAGCAUCAUCAUGGACUCGGUGGUGCCAUCUGAUAAGGGCAACUACACCUGCAUCGUGGAGAACAAGUACGGCAGCAUCAACCACACCUACCAGCUGGAUGUUGUGGAGCGGUCCCCACACCGGCCCAUCCUGCAGGCAGGGCUGCCUGCCAACAAGACAGUGGCCCUGGGUAGCAACGUGGAGUUUGUGUGCAAGGUCUACAGCGACCCUCAGCCCCAUAUCCAGUGGCUGAAGCACAUCGAGGUGAACGGCAGCAAGAUCGGCCCCGACAACCUGCCCUACGUGCAGAUCCUGAAGACGGCUGGCGUUAACACGACAGACAAAGAAAUGGAAGUCCUUCACUUAAGGAAUGUCUCAUUUGAGGAUGCUGGGGAGUAUACAUGUUUGGCGGGUAAUUCUAUUGGGAUCUCCCAUCACUCUGCAUGGUUGACAGUUCUCGAAGCUAUUGAGGACACCCCAGCCAUGAUGACAUCUCCCUUCUACCUGGAGAUCAUCAUCUACUGCAUCGGAGCUUUCCUCAUCUCCUGCAUGGUGGUGACCAUCAUCAUCUACAAGCUGAAGAGCACGACCAAGAAGACAGACUUCAACAGCCAGCUGGCCGUGCACAAGCUGGCCAAGAGCAUCCCCCUGCGCAGACAGGUAACCCACGGCCCCCUGCAGGUGUCAGCCGACUCCAGCUCCUCCAUGAACUCGGGCGUGAUGCUGGUGCGGCCCUCGCGCCUCUCCUCCAGCGGCACCCCCAUGCUGGCCGGCGUCUCCGAGUACGAGCUCCCCGAGGACCCGCGCUGGGAGCUGCCCCGGGACCGGCUGAUCCUGGGCAAGCCUCUGGGAGAAGGGUGCUUUGGGCAGGUGGUGCUGGCAGAAGCCAUUGGGCUCGACAAGGACAAGCCCAACCGUGUGACCAAGGUGGCGGUGAAGAUGCUCAAGUCCGAUGCCACAGAGAAGGACUUGUCUGACCUCAUCUCUGAGAUGGAGAUGAUGAAGAUGAUUGGCAAGCACAAGAACAUCAUCAACCUGCUGGGAGCCUGCACGCAAGAUGGACCCCUCUAUGUGAUUGUGGAGUACGCCAGCAAGGGCAACCUCCGGGAGUACCUGCAGGCACGGCGGCCCCCGGGCAUGGAGUACUGCUACAACCCCACCCGUGUCCCCGAGGAGCAGCUCUCCUUCAAGGACCUGGUGUCCUGUGCCUACCAGGUGGCACGGGGCAUGGAGUACCUGGCCUCCAAGAAGUGCAUCCACAGGGACCUGGCAGCCAGGAACGUGCUGGUGACAGAGGACAACGUGAUGAAGAUCGCUGACUUUGGGCUGGCCCGUGACAUCCACCACAUCGAUUACUACAAGAAGACGACAAAUGGUCGCCUGCCAGUGAAGUGGAUGGCCCCCGAGGCUCUCUUUGACCGAAUCUACACCCACCAGAGUGACGUGUGGUCCUUCGGGGUGCUGCUGUGGGAGAUUUUCACACUGGGUGGGUCACCCUACCCCGGUGUGCCUGUUGAGGAGCUCUUCAAGCUGCUGAAGGAAGGUCACAGGAUGGACAAGCCCAGCAACUGCACCAAUGAGCUGUACAUGAUGAUGCGGGAUUGCUGGCACGCCGUCCCUUCCCAGAGACCCACCUUCAAGCAGCUGGUGGAAGACCUGGACAGGAUCGUGGCCAUGACCUCCAACCAGGAGUACCUGGACCUCUCCAUGCCUCUGGAUCAGUAUUCUCCUGGCUUCCCGGACACCCGCAGCUCCACCUGCUCCUCGGGAGAGGACUCUGUUUUUUCCCACGACCCGCUCCCGGACGAGCCGUGCCUUCCCAAGUUCCCCCCUCAGCACAGCAAUGGUGGACUGAAGCGACACUGA